AUGUCGUCGCCCGCGGACGUUGAAGUGCAGCUGACGACCGCCGCUUCUGUCGCCGCCGUAGAACCAGAGGAUGACAAAUGCUCGAUCGUGUCGAUUGUGUGUCGCAUUUGCUUCGAUGACAACAAAGAUGAAUCCAUCAUCACUCCGUGCAAGUGCAAAGGCACCGUAGCGUUUGUCCACCGCAGCUGUCUGGAGAAAUGGCUCUCAGAGUCGAACACCACCUCGUGCGAGCUGUGCCAGCAUGUGUACGAAACAGAACGUGUGCCGAAAUACACAGCAAAAGAAUCCCUCUGGCAAUGGGUUCACCAUCAGCCGCAUCUCGGUAUCAGGGUGCGACACAUCCGCUGCGACAUUGUGGCCUGCUCCAUCCUCACCCCGCUCGCCGUUGUUAUCACGUACAUUUGCCUCUUCUCGGCGGAUUACUACAGCCAGCAGCGUUUUGAAAGCAUCCCGACAGCGCGCUGGACGUCCAUCUCGUUGCUCAUCAUGAUCGCCAUCAUGCUUUUCGGUUAUUACAUCUGGGUGUAUGUUGUAGUUGGGUACCACGGCCGCAUGUGGUAUUACUGGUGGCAGCGCGAGUGCAUCGUGCGAUAUAUACCACCCCCGCCAAAUGCGGAAGACACAGCGGCCGCGGGUCAAAGCACAGAAUUACAGACGUCGGCCUCCGACACUCUGCCGGCAGCUAGCUCGACGGACAAAAUCGGCAGUGCACACCUUGGCGAAGUAUAGCACUCUUCAUAUUUUAUACAAAGAUGACUCACAGUAUUAUGUACUUAUAUUUUAUUAAAUUACAACUUAACUUAUUGAG